CUCCCUCGCACAUUGACAUCACUUCAACUUGGCACUCGAUUCAAUCAAGAGUUGAACAUUGGUGUGCUACCCUCGACUUUAAAGUCAUUGACACUUGGAAGUUGUUUCAAUCGAUCGAUCAAUCCAGAUGUAUUACCAGGAUCACUUACAUAUCUUGAGUUUGGAGGUGCAUUCAAUCAGUUCAUUUUAGCAGGAUCAAUGCCAUCAACCAUCACUCGUCUAAGGUUUGGUUUCAACUUUAACCAACCAAUCGCACCAUUGUCCCUCUCAUCAUCAUUGAUUGAUCUUCAGUUUGGCUAUUGUUACAACAGAGAACUUGUACAAUCAUCACUCCCAGACUCAAUCACAACCUUAACAUUUGGCUACCGAUUUAAUCAAACUCUCAAAGUGGGUACACUGCCCAUGUCAUUGAUAGAGUUAAAGUUUGGCAAAGGCUACAACAAACAAUGUUUACCAGGAUCACUGCCAUCAUCACUCACACGACUUGUAUAUAGUUAUCAAUUCAACCAACCUUUGAUACCUGGCUCAUUACCCUCAUCACUACUCGAGCUUCAUCUUGGCGAAUGCUUUGAACAAACACUGAACACUCCAGGCUCACUUCCACCAUCCCUCACUCAUCUCACUCUCGGUAAGAACUACAACAAGAUACACACUGGCGGCUCGUUCCCCAAGUCGUUGUCUACACUCACCUUUGGACGAUUCUACAAUCAACCGAUGCUCGAUGAGCUCCCAUCAUCAUUGACAACAUUAUUAUUUGGUAAUAACUACAACCAACCUCUCAUACCAAAUGUCCUACCUAAGUCUCUGCAAUGUUUGAAAUUUGGCAGUCUAUUCAACCAGCCCAUUACUCCAGGCCUGCUCCCUCACUCCCUUACGUCACUUCACUUUGGAUUCUACUUCAACUAUCCGUUGCAGGAGGGUGCACUGCCACCCUCACUUACCUGGCUCGGAAUAGGCACCAGCUUCAAUCGACCAUUCACACAAUGUGUCCUGCCACGCAGUGUCACACGCAUGUCCAUUGCCAAUGUGAUCCAAUGUCAAUAUGUUACACAAUGUCCAGCGAUGGAUGGAUCACCGAUCGAAGUGGUGCACGUCAAUGAGAUCAACUACAGCGAUGUAACAAAGUUAGAUCUUCAGCAGACACAUCAUCCACAACAACAUCUGCGAGAGCUACACCUUUCAAUUCAUUACAAUCGAUCAGGUGACGAUGAUGACCUGUUGCAUACAUUGUUGAGAGUAGUGCCCAAUGUGAUCGAAGAGUAUAAUGUAGACUUUCUCAACUGUUACUCAGUGGUGAGCAGUAGCUAUCAUAUUCGAUUCAUGUCUUCACUCUCAACUACAGCACUAUGUGUCUGGACAUUUCACCAUCCUCGCAACAACAAAUUACAAGGCCCAUUCAUCAAGACAUUGUCAAUU